AUGGCACUGCCAGCCCCACGAGGGGAAGUGCCUAGAAAAGGUGGCCUAAACAUUGCUGGGUACCACGCCGUCCCCAGGCUGGCCAGGGCCGCAGACGUCUUAUCAUUGUCGAAACAAUCAAAAUCGAAACAACAACAAUACCAACAACAACAACAACCAUACUCAUUCUCCUCAUCCUACCUAUUCUUCCUCUUCCUCUGCCUAUACUUCUCCUUCGUCACCUUCUUCUUCAUCUCGAUCCCAUCGCCCCACUCCUUGUCACCAGACUGGCAGGGUGAGCCCGCUCAUUCUGGCAGUCUGGAAUGUUCGUUCCCUUUUAGACAAUCCGAGGAGCAACCGACCGGAACGGAGGACGGCGCUAGUGGCACGAGAACUGGCGCGCUACAAGGUAGACAUCGCCGCACUCAGCGAGACCCGUUUCUCCGAACAAGGCCAACUGGAGGACGUGGGUGCCGGCUACACCUUCUUCUGGAGCGGUCGACCCAGGGCAGAGCGACGGGACGCGGGUGUCGCCUUCGCCAUUCAGAACGACAUCGUGGGACGACUACCCUGUUUGCCGCAGAGCAUCAACGAUCGCCUGAUGAGCCUCCGCCUGCCUCUCCGGGGUGGGGACAAAUUCGCCACCAUCAUCAGCGCCUACGCUCCGACGAUGACCAAACCCGAUGCCGUCAGAGACAAAUUCUACGAGGACCUGCACGCCCUCUUGGCGACUGUGUCGAAGGCGGACAAGUUGAUUGUUCGUGGUGACUUCAAUGCCCGCGUCGGCACAGACCAUACUGCCUGGAGAGGAGUGCUGGGUCCCCACGGUCUCCGCGGCUCCAACGACAACGGCCUGCUUCUCCUCCGCACCUGCGCAGAACACCGCCUCAUCCUGACGAACACGUUCUUCUGUCUGCCGGAGCGAGAGAAGGCCACCUGGAGGCAUCCUCGGUCGCGUCAGUGGCACCUGCUGGACUAUGUCCUCGUCCGAAUGCGUGACCAGCGGGACGUGCUGGUGACGAAGGCGAUCGCGGGUGCUGACGGGUGGACCGACAAUCGCCUCGUCAUCUCGAAGAUGCGUAUUCGCCUACAGCCUCGCAGGAGACCACAAGGUAAGCGACCCCAAGGUAAGCUGAAUGUUGCUUUAUUGUCUUUGUCCGCUCACCAUCUUCAUUUCAGCAAUGAGCUAGCUCAACGGCUAUACAACCUUCCUAUCGCUGCCGCCGACGACGACGCCGCCGCUGCCGAGAACGCCUCCGUGGAGAACCGCUGGUUUCAACUGCGAGACACGGUCCAGUCGACGGCGCUCACCGUCCUCGGUCGCGCUCCCCGCCAAAACCAGGACUGGUUCGACGACAACGACGCAGCCAUCAGAAAUCUGCUGGCUGAGGAGAACCGCCUACACAAAGCCUACGUAGAUCAUCCCACUGGUGCCACCAAAGCUGCCUUCUACCGCAGUUGCCGCCAACUUCAGCAACGUCUGCGCGAGAUGCAGGACGCCUGGACUGCUCUCAAAGCUGAGGAGAUCCAAGGGUACGCGGACCGCAACGAAUGGAAGAACAUCUUCUCCGCGAUCAAAGCUGUCUACGGUCCGCCGACGAAGGGCACCGCUCCUCUCCUCAGCGCCGACGGCAGCACUCUCCUGACUGAGAAGACGCAAAUCCUGCAGCGAUGGGCCGAGCAUAUCCGAGGCGUCCUCAACCGCCCCUCCGUCAUCUCCGACGCCGCCAUCGGGCGUUUGCCGCAAGUGAAGACCAACGUGAACCUCGACCUCCCGCCAUCUCUCCAGGGGACCAUCAGGGCCGUGCAGCAACUCUCCAACGGGAAAGCACCCGGAUCGGACGCAAUCCCUGCUGAGGUCUACAAGCACGGAGGUCCCCUACUGAUGGAUCACCUGACUGCGCUCUUCCAAGAGAUGUGGCGUCAAGGUGAAGUCCCGCAAGAUUUCAAAGACUCAACCAUCGUGCAGCUCUACAAUCGCGAAGGGAAUCGCCAAGUCUGCGACAAUCACCGCGGCACCACCCUGCUGAACAUCGCCGGGAAGAUCUUCGCACGAAUCCUCCUCAACCGCCUCACUAACCAUCUCGAACAGGGCCUUCUGCCGAAAAGCCAAUGCGGCUUCCGUCGUCAUCGUGGGACCACGGAUAUGAUCUUCGCCGCCCGUCAACUUCAGGAGAAGUGUCAGGAGAUGCGGACCCACCUUUACUCUACCUUCGUGGACCUGACGAAAGCCUUCGACACGGUGAAUCGUGAAGGACUGUGGAAGAUCAUGCAGAAAUUCGGCUGUCCGGAGCGAUUCACUCAGAUGGUGCGUCAGCUGCACGACGGUAUGAUGGCGCGAGUCACGGACAACGGAGCUGUCUCAGAGGCAUUCACAGUGACCAACGGAGUGAAGCAGUGCUGCUUAAUGGCGCCGACCCUCUUCAGCCUUAUUUUUUCUGCCAUGCUGAUGGACGCCUACCGUGAUGAACGUCUCGGGAUCCGCAUCGCCUACAGGACGGACGGUCACCUCCUGAAUCAACGGCGGAUGCACUUCCAAUCGCGCGUAUCCACAACCACCGUUCACGAACUCCUCUUCGCCGACGACUGCGCCCUGAACACCACCUCGGAAGAGGAGAUGAAACGGAGCAUGGACCUGUACUCCGCCGCCUGCGAGAAUUUCGGUCUGGUCAUUAACACGCAGAAGACGGUGGUGAUGCACCAACCACCACCCAACUCAUCCACAGCCCCCAAAGCGCCGCCGCAAAUCAGCGUGAACGGAACCCAACUGCGGGUGGUGGAGAACGUCCCGUACCUGGGCAGUACUCUCUCCCGCAACACCAAGAUCGACGACGAAGUCGCCAAUAGGAUCUCGAAAGCCAGUCAAGCCUCCGAUCGCCUCCAAAGCACAGUUUGGAGUCGCCACGGUCUUCAGCUGAGCACGAAGCUGAGGAUCUACAAGGUCGUCAUCCUGCCGACACUACUGUAUGGAGCUGAGACUUGGACGGUGUACGCAAAGCAGGCACGUCGUCUGAACCACUUCCACCUCAGUUGUCUUCGUCGCAUCCUGAGGCUAAAGUGGCAGGAUCGAAUCCCCGACACUGAUGUGCUGGAACGGACGGGAAUCCGCAGCAUCUACGCCAUACUAAGGCAAAUUCACCUGCGCUGGAGCGGCCACCUGGUGCGCAUGAACGACGAGCGGAUACCCAAACGACUCUUCUACGGAGACGUCGCGACGGGUUCUCGCCGUCAAGGAGGCCAAAUUCGCCGUUACAAGGAUACCCAGAAGUCCUCCCUGAAAUGCCUGCAAAUCAAUCCCACCAACUGGGAGGAGUUCACACUCGAUCGACCGACCUGGAGGAGGACAGUGAAGACAGGCGCUGCGAUCUACGAAGCCAACCGCAUAGCUGACGCCAAAGCGAAACAUGAAGCCCGCAAAUCACAACUCGCCCAAUAA